AUGGGUGCAACCGUACAGGAUACUUCCCACGCCUCAUCAGCAGGUAUUUCGUCGCCUGUUGUUGUGAACAGUCCACGUGGUGAGUCACCACGUGCGACAGGUACAUCUGCUGCGUCUGCAGCGAGUCCCACGAAUCGUAAUCAAUAUGAGUCUCGAAAAGAGCUCAUCUAUUCUGGCGUGUUGAAUUAUGUAUCCGACUCGAAGGCGACACCUCACGCAUCCGGAUCACCCGGGGCGAACACUGCAAGAGCCAGGUUGACUGGCUCUGGUCAACGUGGCGGCAUCAAGCUCAAGAUCUUCGGAUUGAGCGACUAUUCCGACGGAUCCUCGCCUCACGCAAGUCCAUUCAAUGGUAGGACGCGUGGUGAUGGUGGCGAUGCCUCUGAGCGUCACCACGAGUGA